AUGGAGUUGCUGUCAAAAACACCACUUCAUAUGGCUGCUGGGUAUAAUAACACUUGUAUCGUAAAGUUCCUGCUUGGGUGGCAGGGUCCGGAGAAGGUUGAGCUGGAGGCAAAGAACCUGUAUGGUGAAACACCUUUGCACAUGGCAGGGAAAAAUAAACGGCUGCAGUCACGUCUUCUUCUUGCUCAUGGUGCUUUUCUGGAGGCCAAAGCCAAUGAUGGGAUGACGCCACUACAUUUAGUUGAUUGGCAUGCACUUCGAGCAGAAGAUUGCAUCACCUUGCUAGAGUUUUGAGAAGAUCCGUGCGAGCGUGAAAAAGAAAUUAAGCUACCUAUAUGUUGUUACACCACAGGAGGGCAUGACCCCUCGUGGAAACUUCUUAAUUGGCACAUAGAAGAGCAAAGAAAGUGCAAAGCCCUUGAGUCAAUGCUGUAAGGCAAAAGCAAGAUGGCAGAUUUGGAAGCAGCUAUAUCAAUCACCGUGGGAUUGAAUGAACUCAAGAUGCAGUUGCAGAGGCAGGCCAAGGGAACUUUUGAUGAAAAGCAAAGAGCCAUGGGCUUAAGUUGUAUCGCAGCUAGAAGGCCUCACCAUAUGGCUUUUCUUGGUAACCCUGGAACAGGUAAAACCAUGGUUGCUCGAGUCCUGGGCAAACUCCUUCAUAUGGUGGGCAGUUUGCCUCCUGAUAUCAUAACUGAAGUGCAAAGAGAUCUUAUGGGAGAAUUCGUAGGGCACACUGGACCAAAGACAAGGCAAAAGAUACAAGAAGCAGAGGGAGGAAUUCUUUUUGUAGAUGAAGCCUACAGGUUGAUACCAAUGCAGAAAGCAGAUGACAAGGACUGAAGUUUAGAGGCCUUAAAAGAUAUUAUGUCAGUAAUGGACAGUGGGAAGGUGGUUGUUAUAUUCACUGGAUAUUGUGAGCCGAUGAAGCAUGUUAUCGACAUAAAAUGAUGGUCAGUAGGAGUCUUUCACUUCAAUAACUUCAGUCCAACCGAACUCGCCUAAAUUUUACAUUAUUAAUAAUGAAUAAUCAAGAUCAUAAGUAGUGUAUCGUAUGGAUUCAAGCUGCACCCAUCUCGUACCGUGGAGGCUUUUGGCGAAUUAAUCAACAGAGAGACCACAGAGAAACAGACGAAAGAGAUGAAUGGGUUUUAAUAGAUCCACUGAAUGAAUGCUCGAGAUAAUUUGGAUCUUCAUCUUGAUUUUGUUUGCACGGAUGCUGAGGUUACAAUUUCUAUGAAUGACUUGGAAGCAGGACUCAGGCUACUUCCACAGUGAUGAUAUUUCCUGGCAGUUUAGAAUGGUAGUUCUUUUUAGAUCAGCUCUGCUGUUCUGUUGAUCAAUUUAAUUGGAGCCAAAUAUCACAAAAUAUGCAAAUUGGCAUGUAACUCACAUGAAGUGGCACUUCUCCAAUUGACAAUGCUUAAGCAGUUUACAAGUAAAAAAAACAUUGCAUUGUCUAAACUAUAUGUGGUUUCACAUGUUUUGGACUCGAAGAAGCAUGUUCUCUAUCCUAUAAUAUGACAACCAACUCGGAAAAAAAAAGAAGGAAGCAGCCAAUGUCACCUAAUGUCUAUAAGAAGACAAUACCACACCAGCUGCACAACACAUUAUGUUCCAGUAUAUGGUAUCUUACAGCACAAGCCACUUCCAAAAAAUCUAGCCAGAGAUCACCAUUCACCUGGUGCUCUGUGCCCCACAUGCUUCUUCAGGUGUAUUAUGCUGAUUUUGUAUUUAUAAAAGGAACUUAUAUUCUUUAUGAAAGUAUCGAUCAGAGAGUAAAUGUACAGCAUGAGCAACAUGAAGAGAAAUAAUGAAAUGACCCAACACCCGGAGCGUAGGGCAAGGCUUUCAAACUCAACAAUGGCCCUCUUGGUUUGAACGCUUCCAUAAUUAUGCUGCCCCUAACCUCCUGGCUGUGAGAAUUUCGAGUCUCACAUCAAUGACUCUGGUUUAUACAUCGUAUGAAGGUUUGCAGAUGCAAGGACUCCACCUUGGAUUCUUUGAGGGCAUGUUUGAUGAUGCGAUCUUAUAGGAUUUGGUCCAAGCAUCCAUGACCCAAUACUCUGGCUUCCUAGUUUCAGGUUUUGCAUGCAGUAGAAUCUGAAUCCAAUCUUGGCUAAGAGAGGCAAGAAUAUGGCAUCAUUAAGUUUUAAUUAUACUUGCCCAUGGAACAUCUUAAAACUUCGAGUGAAGCUUCACCUUUCGCUUCAGAAAAAUCCAAAUUAUGCGGAGGGCCUCAGGAGGACGACCUUGCAUGCUGUUUGGUCCAAUGGUAUUCUAAUUCCAAUGUUCAAUCUAAACAGCGCAGUUUUAUAUUUGGAUGCAGUUGAA